AUGGAUGGCGCCGCGACCCCGAAGGCAGGCAGCGGCGGGAAGGCUGUGCUGCCGGUGCCUGCCGGGAUCGACGCCGGCGCCGCCACGUCUUCUGCGCGAGGGGCUAGGAAGGCGACGUUGCCUGCGGGUGCGGCUGACGCGCCCGCGGCGGCAACGGCAUCCCCAGGCGGAGAGAGCAACGGCGGCGGCGAGGAGGAGGACGACGACGAGCAGGUGGAGAGGUUCUACGCGCUUCUGGACAACAUCCGGGCCAUGCGGGGCGCGUACGUGUCGGGCUCCGGCGACGGCACUGUGGCGGACGACGGCGUCGACGCUGGUGGUGGUGGUGGGGCGAGGGUGAAGCGGCUGCGGGGCUCGGAGCCGCCGUGGAGGCCGGCGUUCAGGCUGGAGGACUUCGAGGAGCCAGCUCCGACGUCGUCGUCGUCCGACGUCGCGCCGUGCGCCAAGAGGACGCGCGGGCAGGAGGCGGAGGCGGACGGCGAGGGGAGUGGCGGAGCGCGCCCAGACGUCGCCGCGGUAGUACGUGUACGGGUCGACAGCGGCAGAAAGAGCGUGUGA